GUGCUCGUUGUCAUGUAAACAAAAAUCUUGAGACAACCGACGGCCGCUUUUUUGUGGAAGACGAAUUUCGGCUGCAAACCUCCAGAGUGUGAACAGUCAACACGAGUUCUUGCCAAUUUUAGUGAAGUGAAAGCUUAUGAACUUGACUUUUGAACUAAAUCCAGGCGAUGUGCCAGAUAAUAACAAUGUAAAGAAUUGCUGUAAUCAGAAAAAAACAGCAGAGCUAGAGCGAAGACUACCCAUACUCCAAACAAGUUCGUAAGAAGAACCCGGCAGCCAAACCAGGGAAAUCCCAAUUCCACACAUCAGAAACGCAAGGUGCUGAUCUCUCACCAAUAAAGAAGUAUUACAUUUUAAGACACACCAAAAUUCUUGAUUCUUGAAAAAAAGCAAAACUAAUAGAGAUAAUAUAAGAAAAAAGAAAGAAAGAAAAUAGAUCCAGGGUAUAUAGACUAUACAAGAAUAAAACCCUAUAAAAGAAGAAAGAAGAAGACGGUGACUGUAUUAAAGAUAUGAAAAUGAACUGUUUAAUAUCAAAGUGCUUGCUGAGGCCCCAGACUUAUUCCAGACUGAUAGCAAACAGAAAUGUAACAAAUCAGCCUGUCAGUAAAGUACAUCCUCUAAGCAAGAAUCCCCUUAGAACCAUACACAGUGAGACAAUAUCUAAGGCAUAUGCAGACAAGAUUAUCCAAGAAACAGAGCUAAGCAGAGACCACCUCACACCUGAACUGAACCUUCACCUUAUCACUCAGUCAUGUCGACUCUGGAAGGCACAACCUGAAGACUCACCUUUUCCUGAACCUUUCUGGGCUUUUUAUUGGCCAGGAGGUCAGGCGGUAGCAAGGUAUGUCUUAGACAGCCCAUAUUUAGUAAAGGGCAAGAGAGUUCUUGACUUUGGCUGUGGUUGUGGAGCAAGUGGGUUAGCUGCUCUCAAGUCCAAGGCUAAGAUGGUGAUGUUUAACGACAUUGAUGAAG